AGUGGGUGGGUCUGGGGGCUGGGAUAUUUGGGUAACAAUGCUCACUGUGGAAUUUAAAGUUGAGCUGUUAAGUUACCAGGUCCUGGGAUCUAGAAGACAAAACUGAGGGCAGCGAAGGAGAGCCCAGGAGUGCCACCCAACAGAAGGCCAGUUUGUAGUCACAUACCAUGUGGUGGACCCUGCUGCUGCCGCUGGUGAUAGAGCUGCGCCCCAUCCUGGCAGAGCUUCCCUCCCAGGCGACAGUCACUCCCCUCCAGAUCACUCAGCAGGGACCCAGGAACACUGGGGCCAGCAAUGCCACAUCCUCACCCUGCGACGGUCUCCCCACCACAGCGACUAUGACCUUAAACCUCAGGAACCGUAGCCUGGACCUACUGCCCGACUGCCUGCCGCAGGCGCUGCACACCCUCGAGGGCAGCCACAACCUGCUGCGCGCCCUGGGCGAGGCAGAACUCGGUCACCUGCCACAGCUGCGGGCGCUGAAGCUGAGCCACAACCUCAUCGCCGCGCUGCACUGGGGCCCGGGCUGGCCGGCGGGGCUGCACAUGCUGGAUCUCAGCUACAACCGGCUGGCCGCCCUGCCCCCGUGCGCCGGGCCGGCGCUCAGCAACCUCAGCGCCCUGUCGCUGGCGGGGAACCCGCUGCAGGAGCUGCAGCCGGACGCCUUCUCCUGCCUCCCCGCGCUGAGCCUCCUCAACCUCUCCUUCACCGCGCUCGGCCGUGGGGCCCAGCCGGCCAUAGCCGAGGGCACCUUUGCGGGCGCUGGGGCGCUCGAGGUGCUGGACCUCAGCGGCACGUUCCUCACGCACGUUCAGUCAGAGUGGAUGAGAGACCUGCCGAAGCUCACAUCUCUCCACCUGCAGAAGAUGCCCAGGCUGAAAAGCCUACAAGGGGACAUUUUCAAGAUGACCCCCAACCUGCAGCAGCUGGAUUGUCAAGACUCCCCAGAACUAACCUCUGUCCAUACUCACAUCUUUCAAGACACCCCUCACCUGCAGCUCCUUCUGUUCCAGAACUGCAACUUGAGUUCCUUCCCUCCUUGGACACUGCAUUCCUCCCAGUUCCUAUCUAUCAACCUUGCUGGCAAUCCUCUCACUUGCAGCUGUGAGUUGUCCUGGCUCCUGGUGGAUGUGAAGAGGACCGUCUUAAACAGGGCAGCAGACACCGUGUGCACACCCGCGGCAGUGGCCAACGCCACUUUCUCGGCUCCUCUUCUCCUCUCCCAGCUGCCCAGCGUGUGCCAUGUGGCCCACACCACCACCCUCCAGGAUUCCAGCCCAGUCUCCUCGGUGCAACCCACCCACAUACAGGGUCCCCUCACCCAAGCCAGCACUACCUGCCAGAAUGUUACCAUGGCCCCAUCCCUCGCUAUGGAUCCUCCCAGGGAAACAGCGUGGCCGCUCAGCACUGGCGGGCAGGGGGGCACCGGCUCCACUCCCGCCUCGACGGCAGCUUCCAGCAACCCUGGCACCCCAGCCAGCGCUGCAGGACCGACGGGGACCGAGUUUGGAGAGCUGUCCGCCCGCCUCGUCUUCGAGCCCAAUGGCUCCGCAGCCUCCAGCGCAUUGACCCCCACCUCCCGGAACCCGCUGAGCAUCCUCCAGCCGGAGAGGGGGACGCAGGCCAUCCCGCAGGGUCCCCGCCCGACUCCCUCCGACGGAGGAAUUCCCGUCUUUUUGUUGGACGACUCCAGCGAGGAGCCGGAGCUGGAGCGGGAGCUGGAGCGCGGCCUGGAGGUGGGCGCGCCUCCCCGGGACGCCGCCUGCGACUACCACCCCUGCAAGCACCUGCAGACCCCGUGCGCCGAGCUGCAGAGGCGCAGCCGGUGCCGGUGCCCCGGCCUCAGCGGGGCGCACACAGUCCCGGAGCUGCCGGUGCUGCAGGGCGUGUCGGAGACCACCGACACGUCGGCGCUGAUCCGCUGGUGCGCCCCCAACUCAGUGGUGCAGGGCUACCAGAUCCGCUACUCCGCGGAGGGCCGGCCUGGGAACCAGUCGGUGGUGGCGGACAUCUAUGCCACCGCCAGGCAGCACCCGCUCUACGGCCUGGCGCCCGCCACCACCUACCGCGUGUGCGUCUUGGCCGCCAACGCCGCGGGGCUCAGCCCCCUGCCUGCGGCUGGCGGGGGCGGGAGCGCGGGCGGGGCGUGCGGCGCCUUCACCACCAAGCCCAGCUUCCUGCUCAUCCUGGCCGGGCUGAGCGCCGCCAGCGGCCUGCUGCUCCUCAGCACCCUGCUGCUGGCCGUUUGCCUGUGCCGCCGAGCCCCCACGCUCCGCCCGCAGCGCCCCAACACGCACCUAGUGGCCUACAAAAACCCUGCCUUCGACUACCCGCUGAAGCUCUAGACCUGGGCCCUGCCUCCCUUCCUCCACGCCGACUGCCCGUGUGCGCUGAACAGGCUGUGGAGACGAAGGUGCACAAAGCCCACCAGUGCUGAGUCUGAUUCCUAUGAAGCCAGCACCCUCCAGGCACACAAGGGACUUAGCUCGACAAAAGGCUUCUUUCCUUAUCCUCUCCCGUCUAGGCUCGUAGCAUUGCCAUUACCACUGGUGGAUACUCUUGGGUGGUAUUUGGGGUUCACUGUCCACUGGAAUUAGCGUGUAGAAGAAAGAAGGGAUUAAGCAGAAACUGCAAGGAUCCAUUUCAUUUUGCUUUAUUGGAAGUGGCAUCUUGAAGCCAAGGAAGUUACCUAUGAUCAAGUUUUGUUUAAAACAUGUUACUCAAGAAAUGAAUUCAAGUGGAUUCUUAGUCUGAGAGCUGGAAGUGACCAAAAAAAAAAAAAGCUUCUGGUUGUUUAUGGGAUAGUUCAUGUUUAUUAGUUCUAGUUUAAGACAUGGAAAAAAUAUGUUACUAGAUUUAGAUUUUAAACCACAGUCUUAUGAAAACAUUUGUGAAAAUACAAGACUGAUCUAUUAAAAGUCAGUGUUAACCACA